GAGCCUUAUUCAUCUAUCCGCGUGCACUUUUUGUCCUCUAGAUUCUAAGCUCCAUCUUGAAAUUAUCUGGACUUAUUCUAAGUCGCACUACCAUGAAGAAAGGAACGAAAUCCAGAAGCCAAUAUGAUACCCACAAGCCAAAAGAGCUACGUCGUCUGUAUGAACCCCUUGGGGUUCUGCACGAAUUGACUAUGAAGGGCACAACGAAGCCGCGCUCCAUUCUCUCGACCAGCGCUCAAGGGAUCAGCAUCAUGCAACGCCGCCGAAACUUUGUUGAUGCAAUCGCUUAUCUCGGGGCAUAUGGAAAAGGGUGUGAGAUCGCUGUUGCUGUAGAACGGCAGCCAGAUGGACUUAUCGUUCGAAUCGCAGGCACUGGCGAUGUUGAUGGAACUGUUGUUCCAUUUGUCAACGACCUCCUGCGUAUGCUAUCGGAUACCUUGAAGCUAGGAAACGAUGAGAUUAAGGGAGACAAUAAGGAGAGUAUCCUUAUCUGCCUCUCAAACUUCGCACUCGAUUUUGCUCAAGAAAAGGUCUUUGCCCAUUACAUGAAACUAUUGCACCAUAUCGCUCCGGUAUGCUUGGCGGAUAUGACAACAGGGUUAAAUGAAGCGUGCAGAGACUCUCCCGAUUUCAAGGCUUGGUUCCAAGAGAAUUUCUAUAAAAACGGCGCGCCUUUGCCUCAGGAGCACAUGAAGUUUCUAGCAAAAGAAUGCUUUAAAGUGCGGCAGUCCAGACUGAUAAAUAAUCUAAGAGAGUUUAUAUAUCAAGGCCAUGAACAUGUUGCCUAUUUUGAGAAGUUCUAUAAGCAACUUAGGAAACUGAGUCUGACUAUCGACAUGACUUCUCAGCUUCUUGAGUCUGCUAUCUCUCUGCGUCAAGAUUUUGCCAAUGGUCUUGUAGCAGAAAGCAUACCGUCCUCCCCAAGCCUGUCGAUUCCCCUCCUUCCACGAAAGCUGACUAUGGAGGGCAUCGCAAAUCGGAUGUUUUCUGACCCAUUGGAACGGGAUGAUUUCCUCCUGAAGCUCCAGCAGACGGCACCACCGGGGCUAAUCCAAACCUUAAUAAAUUAUUCACAGGAAGUUCUCACUGAAGUCCACCCCGAGCUUCUUGUGAUAAACUACUUUGACACACUAUCAGAUAUCGGUUUCAUUGACGAACGUGACAAAUAUAUUGGAUGUGCAAAACCAAGCUGUUAUCUAUGUCAUCUCUUUAUUUUGUACCACCCUGCGAGAUAUUCUAUGAUAUCUUCAAGCUCCAAAAUUCGUCUAAAUUGGCGUCUACCAGAUAUCUCGGUUAAAGAAGGUAAUGCCAUGGCACGCGCCAAGAAUCAGAAGUCAGUCCUCCACCAGUUGAUCAGUACUAUCCGACUUCAGCUAGAGGAGAAAGUAGAGAAUGAGUGGAUUCUACAAACUCGUCGCACAGAAUCAGAAGCUCAGUGGACAUUACCUACCGACGACGGUACUUCCAAUUACAGCCCACAACCAUCAAGUCCAGCAUCAACGCCUGGCUAUCCAAUCACUUCCACCGAACUACGUAUUCCAGGGCUUGAUACUAGUUCAGAUGAGACAUCCAGUGCAGACAAAGAUCCUGACCGAGAUGAAGAGGACGUAAUUCUAUUCAAGGGCAGAUGCCGGUUCUAGUUGAAGUCUUGUCUAGUAGUGUAGUUUGCAUGCUAUCGAGCCUUGUUGGCCCUGGAAAAUGUUAGCCAGCUGGGUACUCUAUGGCACACUUUCAAGAACUACAUUGUAACGAAGUUCA